CCGAUAUAAAAUCUCCCACCGUAUAGUAUUGUAUUAUUCUCCUCGAACCUUGUGUCGUCCGGCGACUGUGGCUAGUGGUUACAGAGUCGGGCUGCUACCCUGCGAAAACUGAUGGAGUCCUACUAGUAGUAACUAGUCCAAGGGCCCGCCGGACGGACUGGACUGACUGCCGUGUUGUGUCCCAGACUCCCAGACCGGAUGAAACCAAGGGUUAGGGUCCGGUCCUUCCAUUACCUGGGUCGGGGAUCUAUGGAUGGAUUGCACCCUAGGGAAUCUUGGGACUUCAAGGGACGGGAUGGGAUGGCGAGAGGGAGAAUUUUAUUUUUUAUUUUAAUUUUAUUUUAAUUUUCUUGCUUGGGCAGCAGACAGACGAUGGGCAGGUAAUUGGAGAAUGAAUCAUUACUACUUAUCAUUAUUAUUCUGUUUGUGCUGUAUGGAGUAAGAUAAGAUGUUCCACAGCUCCAUUAUUUUUAAAACAAUAAUAAUAGGAGGUAACAACUCCGUAAAUAUUCAGCCAAUUUUGAUGAAUUGGGGGGAGAAAUAAAUGGCAGACAACGAAAGGGUCCGAAGAAUCCGACCCCGACCGACCCGUGGAAAGCCAGACUGACUGACAGAUGACAGACAAGACAAGACAAGACAGACGGACGGGACGGGACGGACACGCGCCCAGGUGAGGGUGGUGGUGGUGGUGGUUGGUGGCCUCGGCGCCACUGCUCAAUAUCUGUCGCUUCUGCUGGGUUUCUUCUUCUUGCUCCUUGUCAUCGUUAUUAUCGGUCUGUCUGUCUGUCUGUCUGUCUGUCUGUCUGUCUGUCAUUCAUUUUAUAAACUUCUUUAUUACCUUUCGUUCUCUGCUUUUUGCCUCUCCCGAAUAUCGUAUCCAUUCAUUCAGGUUCAUUCCCUUAUUUCUUUAUAUUUCUUUCUUUCUUUCUUUCUUUCUUUCUUUCCUUCCCUUUUUCACUCCUGAAACACCCAUCAAUCAGUUCAUUUGAACAAAAAAAAUCAUUCCCUCGGUCGAACUCGAUUAAUACCAAAACCUCACUCGUCCCUCACUUUUCGGAAUUACAAAAUACAAAAUUAAAAAAAAAAAAAAACGAUGCGUCUCUCCCAUCUCCUCCCGCUCACCCUGGCAGCGGGUCCCGCCGUGGUUUCCGCCGCCGGCACCUUCGGUUUCGCCCUGGGCGUCAAGAACCCCGAUGGAACCUGCAAGUCGCAAAAGGAUUUCGAGGACGACUUUGAUGUCCUCCAGGCUCAUACGAAGCUCGUUCGUACCUAUUCGGCGAGUGAUUGUGAUAAUGCCUUGUUUAUCCUCCCCGCCGCCGCGAAAAAAGGGUUUAAAGUUGUUCUUGGGAUUUGGCCCGAUGUACCGGAAUCCUUCAACGCCGAUGUACGGGUGCUGCAGAAGGCAGUCAAGGGACAUAAGGACGUCAUCUCUGCAAUCACCGUCGGCUCGGAGACGCUCUACCGCGGCAACUUCACCGGCCCAGAACUCUUAGAGAAGAUCAAUGAAGUCAAGAAGAAGAUCCCCGGGGUGCGGGUAGGCACUGCGGACAGCUGGAAUAAAUAUGACGAUGGUACCGCUGAUGCUCUAGUCCUUGGCAAUGUGGAUUACUUCCUCGUAAAUGCGUUUGCCUUCUGGCAAGGCCAGGACGUCCAGAAUGCCACCGCCACCCUCUUCGAUGACAUGGCCCGCGCCAUGAUGCGCAUCCAGAAGCUCGCCGGUGCCCGUGCAAAGGACAUCUACAUCGCUACUGGUGAAACCGGCUGGCCAAGCGAUGGCGGCUCCAACUACGGCAAGGCCAAAGCAGGCACUGCCAACGCCAAGAUCUUCCACGACAAGGGCGUCUGCGCGCUGCUGGCGUGGGACGUGGAUGUGUUCUUCUUCGAGGCCUUCGACGAGCCCUGGAAGCCCGACAGCGUCGGUGAUAACGGCAAUGCUGCCAGCGAGAAGCAUUGGGGCAUGUACACGGCGGAUCGCCGGCCGAAGUAUGAGGUGCAGUGCUAAGGGGGUGGGAUGUAGAAAUGUAGAUCGGGAACUUGUGGAUUGAUUUUUGAUUUUUGAUUUUCCUUUUUUUGUUGGUAAUUUUUGUUCGUUAGAAUUUGUGUUGUAGUGGGUAAUUAAUUCCAUACGGGGUAUGUAUGUAGAUGGGUAGAUUAGAUAGGGGGCAUCGGUGCACCGGGCAAUAUCUUUUCUUUCCUUUUACUGCUGUUCUAGUUUUUUUUCUUUUUCUUUUUUUUUUUUU